CUUUGUAAAAAAAGAAAGAGAAGUUAUUUCCCUCAGUUUUCCUUUUAUGUUCUACUCCUCUUAUUAAAAGAUAUUCAAAUGUACAAACAAAUUCCUUUCUUUAUUUUAUUGGUUUAGAGAAAAAGAUAAGAAGAUGGCAUUUGAAGAAAAUGCAAAUGGAAAAUUGAGUGAGAAGAAAAUAGAAAAAGAAGAUAGUUUAAGCAAAGUGGAAUGUCUAAGAGGGAGAUUGCUUGCUGAAAGAGUGGCUUCAAGAAUUGCAAAACAAGAGGCACAAAAUAUGGGAAACAAGAUGAUUGAGCUAGAGACUAAGUUGAAAGAAGAGACAAGAUCAAGAAACAAUGCUGAGAAGAAGCUUAAAUUUCUGAUAAAGAAACUUGAGUCCAAAAAUAUAUAUUAUAAUGUUUCAGAUGAUAAUAAAGUUGUAAAUUCACAAGACAAUGAGUGUCAAGAAUCUGUUGGGAGUACAAAAUCCAGCUAUGAAAAUGUUGGAAACAAUUGUUCUAGUCUAUGUUAUUUGGAUUCUCACAAAAUAUUGCCGCACUCAUGUCAAAUCUUUCAAAAAUACACUAUUUUUGAAGAACUCGACAUGUAUUCAGAGACAUUAUUGAAGAAUUCGAGUAACAUAGCUUCUAGCCAGGAUAAUGAGAAUACUUCAGGAAAAGAACAUUGUGCAAAAUCAAGGGAAUUUGAAUUCUCAAUAUCAGAUGGCAAUAGUUUGAAAUCUUCAAUUGAGGAGGAAGAGAAAAAUGAAGGAAAUCAAGUGGACAAUUCAUUGGCAUUAGUUCCUAUGGAGAAUCCAAAGACAAAGCAAAAUAUUGAUCCAAUUGUUCUUGAUGCUACUGUGAGAGAAGUUCUUGAUGCACUGAGGCAUGCUAGAGAAAAACUUCAAACUCAAAUGGAGAGAAAAACUUCAAACUCAAAUGGAGAGAAGGCAAAUGAUUAA